AGAGCUUUACCUGAGAAACAAGAAGAACUUGAGGCUCACAUUAAAGACCUUGGGCAGCUCGAAGAGCAGUUAAAUCAUCUGCUUCUGUGGCUGUCUCCUAUUAGAAAUCAGUUGGAAAUUUACAACCAACCAAAUCAAACAGGACCAUUUGAUAUUAAGGAAACUGAAGCAGCAGUUCAAGCUAAACAACCGGAUGUGGAAGGGAUUUUGUCUAAAGGGCAGCAUUUGUACAAGGAAAAACCAGCCACUCAGCCAGUGAAGAGGAAGUUAGAAGAUCUGAGCUCUGAGUGGAAGGCAGUAAACCACUUACUUCAAGAGUUGAGGGCAAAGCGGCCUGACCUAGCUCCUGGACUGACCACUAUUGGAACCUCUCCUAGUCAGACUGUUACUCUGGUGACACAACCUGUGGUUGCCAAGGAAACUGCCAUCUCCAAACUAGAAAUGCCAUCUUCCUUGCUGUUGGAGGUACCUGCUCUGGCAGAUUUCAACCGGGCUUGGACAGAACUUACUGACUGGCUUUCUCUGCUUGAUCAAGUUAUAAAAUCACAGAGGGUGAUGGUGGGUGAUCUUGAAGACAUCAACGAGAUGAUCAUCAAGCAGAAGGCCACACUGCAGGAUUUGGAACAGAGGCAUCCCCAGUUGGAAGAACUCAUUACUGCUGCCCAGAAUCUGAAAAACAAGACCAGCAAUCAAGAAGCUAGAACAAUCAUUACUGAUCAAAUUGAAAGAAUUCAGAAUCAGUGGGAUGAAGUACAAGAACACCUUCAGAACCGGAGGCAACAAUUGAAUGAAAUGUUAAAGGAUUCAACACAAUGGCUGGAAGCUAAGGAAGAAGCUGAGCAGGUCAUAGGACAGGCCAGAGCCAAGCUUGAGCCAUGGAAAGAGGGUCCCUAUACAAUGGAUGCAAUCCAAAAGAAAAUCACAGAAACUAAGCAGUUGGCCAAAGAUCUCCGCCAAUGGCAGAUAAAUGUAGACGUGGCAAACGACUUGGCACUGAAACUUCUCCGGGAUUAUUCAGCAGAUGAUACCAGAAAAGUACACAUGAUAACAGAGAACAUCAACGCCUCUUGGGGAAGCAUUCAUAAAAGAGUGAGCGAGCGAGAGGCUGCUUUGGAAGAAACUCAUAGACUACUGCAACAGUUCCCCCUGGACCUGGAAAAGUUUCUUGCCUGGCUUACAGAAGCUGAAACAACUGCCAACGUCCUACAGGAUGCUACCCAUAAGGAGAAACUCCUAGAAGACUCCAAGGGAGUAAGGGAGCUGAUGAAACAAUGGCAAGACCUCCAAGGAGAAAUUGAAGCUCACACCGAUAUCUAUCACAACCUGGAUGAAAAUGGCCAAAAAAUCCUGAGAUCUCUGGAAGGUUCUGAUGAUGCAGUCCUGUUACAAAGACGUUUGGAUAACAUGAACUUCAAAUGGAGCGAGCUUCGGAAAAAAUCUCUCAACAUUAGGUCCCAUUUGGAAGUCAGUUCUGACCAGUGGAAGCGUCUGCACCUUUCUCUUCAGGAACUUCUGGUGUGGCUACAGCUGAAAGAUGAUGAAUUAAGCCGGCAGGCACCUAUUGGGGGCGAUUUUCCAGCAGUCCAGAAGCAGAACGAUGUACACAGGGCCUUCAAGAGGGAAUUGAAAACUAAAGAACCUGUAAUCAUGAGUACUCUUGAGACUGUACGAAUAUUUCUAACAGAGCAGCCUUUGGAAGGACUAGAGAAACUCUACCAGGAGCCCAGAGAGCUGCCUCCUGAAGAAAGAGCACAGAAUGUCACACGGCUGCUACGAAAGCAAGCUGAGGAGGUCAACACUGAGUGGGAAAAAUUGAACCUGCACUCUGCUGACUGGCAGAGAAAAAUAGAUGAGGCCCUCGAAAGACUCCAGGAACUUCAGGAGGCAACGGAUGAGCUGGACCUCAAGCUGCGCCAAGCAGAGGUGAUCAAGGGAUCCUGGCAGCCCGUGGGCGAUCUCCUCAUUGACUCUCUCCAAGAUCACCUCGAAAAAGUCAAGGCACUUCGAGGAGAAAUUGCACCUCUUAAGGAGAAUGUAAGCCACGUCAAUGACCUUGCACGCCAGCUCACCACGUUGGGCAUUCAGCUCUCACCAUAUAACCUCAACACUCUAGAAGACCUGAACACCAGAUGGAAGCUUCUGCAGGUGGCCGUCGAGGACCGCAUCAGGCAGCUGCAUGAAGCCCACAGGGACUUUGGCCCGGCGUCCCAGCACUUCCUUUCCACUUCUGUCCAGGGUCCCUGGGAGAGAGCCAUCUCGCCAAACAAAGUGCCCUACUAUAUCAACCACGAGACCCAAACAACUUGCUGGGAUCAUCCCAAAAUGACAGAGCUCUACCAGUCUUUAGCCGACCUGAAUAAUGUCAGGUUCUCAGCUUAUAGGACUGCCAUGAAACUCCGAAGACUGCAGAAGGCCCUUUGUUUGGAUCUCUUGAGCCUGUCAGCUGCGUGUGAUGCCUUGGACCAGCACAACCUCAAGCAAAAUGACCAGCCCAUGGAUAUCCUGCAGAUCAUUAAUUGUUUGACCACUGUUUAUGAUCGCCUGGAGCAAGAGCACAACAAUUUGGUCAACGUCCCUCUCUGCGUGGAUAUGUGUCUCAACUGGCUGCUGAAUGUUUAUGAUACGGGACGAACGGGGAGGAUCCGUGUCCUGUCUUUUAAAACUGGCAUCAUUUCUCUGUGUAAAGCACAUUUGGAAGACAAGUACAGAUACCUUUUCAAACAAGUGGCAAGUUCAACGGGAUUUUGUGACCAGCGUAGGCUGGGCCUUCUUCUGCAUGAUUCUAUCCAAAUUCCAAGACAGUUGGGUGAAGUUGCAUCUUUUGGAGGCAGUAACAUUGAACCGAGUGUCAGGAGCUGCUUCCAAUUUGCUAAUAAUAAGCCGGAGAUUGAAGCGGCCCUCUUCCUAGACUGGAUGAGACUGGAACCCCAGUCCAUGGUGUGGCUGCCCGUCCUGCACAGAGUGGCUGCUGCAGAAACUGCCAAGCAUCAGGCCAAGUGUAACAUCUGCAAAGAGUGUCCAAUCAUUGGAUUCAGGUACAGAAGUCUAAAGCACUUUAAUUAUGACAUCUGCCAAAGCUGCUUUUUUUCUGGUCGAGUUGCAAAAGGCCAUAAAAUGCACUAUCCCAUGGUGGAAUAUUGCACUCCGACUACAUCAGGAGAAGAUGUUCGUGACUUUGCCAAGGUACUAAAAAACAAAUUUCGAACCAAAAGGUAUUUUGCGAAGCAUCCCCGAAUGGGCUACCUGCCAGUGCAGACUGUCUUAGAGGGGGACAACAUGGAAACGCCUGCCUCGUCCCCUCAGCUCUCACACGAUGAUACUCAUUCACGCAUUGAACAUUAUGCUAGCAGGCUAGCAGAAAUGGAAAACAGCAAUGGAUCUUAUCUAAAUGAUAGCAUCUCUCCUAAUGAGAGCAUAGAUGAUGAACAUUUGUUAAUCCAGCAUUACUGCCAAAGUUUGAACCAGGACUCCCCCCUGAGCCAGCCUCGUAGUCCUGCCCAGAUCUUGAUUUCCUUAGAGAGUGAGGAAAGAGGGGAGCUAGAGAGAAUCCUAGCAGAUCUUGAGGAAGAAAACAGGAAUCUGCAAGCAGAAUAUGAUCGUCUAAAGCAGCAGCACGAACAUAAAGGCCUGUCCCCACUGCCGUCGCCUCCUGAAAUGAUGCCCACCUCUCCCCAGAGUCCCCGGGAUGCUGAGCUCAUUGCUGAGGCCAAGCUACUGCGUCAACACAAAGGCCGCCUGGAAGCCAGGAUGCAAAUCCUGGAAGACCAUAAUAAACAGCUGGAGUCACAGUUACAUAGGCUAAGGCAGCUGCUGGAGCAACCCCAGGCAGAGGCCAAGGUGAAUGGUACAACGGUGUCUUCUCCUUCUACCUCUCUACAGAGGUCAGACAGCAGUCAGCCUAUGCUGCUCCGAGUGGUUGGCAGUCAAACUUCAGAAUCCAUGGGCGAGGAAGAUCUUCUCAGUCCUCCCCAGGACACGAGUUCAGGGUUAGAGGAGGUGAUGGAGCAACUCAACAACUCCUUCCCCAGCUCGAGAGGACACAAUGUAGGAAGCCUUUUCCACAUGGCAGAUGAUUUGAGCAGAGCGAUGGAGUCCUUAGUUUCAGUCAUGACAGAUGAAGAGGGAGCAGAAUAAAUGUUUUACAGCUCCUGAUCCCCGCAUGGUUUUUAUAAUAUUCAUACAACAAAGAGGAUUAGACAGUAAGAGUUUACAAGAAAUAAAAUCUAUAUUUUUGUGAAGGGUAGUGGUACUAUACUGUAGAUUUCCGUAGUUUCUAAGUCUGUUAUUGUUUUGUUAACAAUGGCAGGUUUUACACGUCUAUGCAAUUGUACAAAAAAGUUAUAAGAAAACUACAUGUAAAAUCUUGAUAGCUAAAUAACUUGCCAUUUCUUUAUAUGGAACGCAUUUUGGGUUGUUUAAAAAUUUAUAACAGUUAUAAAGAAAGAUUGUAAACUAAAGUGUGCUUUAUAAAAAAAAGUUGUUUAUAAAAACCCCUAAAAACAAACACAUACCCACACGCAGACACACACACAGACACACACAAACUUUGAGGCAACACAUUGUUUUGCAUCGUUUUAGCGUGAUAUCCAUAUGAAAUUCAUAGCUUUUUUUUCUUUUCUUGAAUAUUAAAUGUAGGACUUGUAACACCGUCAAAUGACUACUACACGUUGCUCUUUUGGGAAUUGUUGACUGAGUGGGGCUGGCUUUGGGUUUUUGUUUUAUACACCUAUAUGUCUAUAAGUAUAUAAAUACUAUAGGUAUAUAGGUAAAUAGAUAUGAAUUUCUAUAGACCUCUUAAAUUUCUUCCAAUGUUCCUGCCACUUCCUAAUGGAAAGAAAUUGCUUCUAGUCAGCCAGGCUUACCUGCUUGGUCUAGAAUGAAUUUUCCCUGGAGCCUGAAGCCAGGAGGAAACUACCACACUAAAACAUUGUCUAGGGCUCCAGAUGUUUCUCAUUUUAAACUUUCCACUGACAACUAGAGUAUUGGAUUUUUUUCAAGAGGAACAUGUGAAUGAAUACACAGGACUUAUUAUAUCAGAGUAAUCCAUUGAUAUAUUCAGCUUCCUGCUGCUGGCAAUGCCUUGACUUAGAUUUGAUGAUGCUUUGGUGGAAGUCAGAGCAUCAGAAAGCAUUUUUAACUCCCAGGCAGUAGGAGGAUGAUGGUAGAACUGGAGGGUUAUGGAUUCCCAGCCUAUCCCUAUGAGGGAGCAGGCCAUUCUUGAAGUAAAGGAUUGGAUGAAUGCUCAUGACCGUACAGAGUGAUCUCCAUAAUUACAACUAAACAGAAGCGGAUGGUUUUGUUGUUGUUUUUUAGAUUUUUUUUUUUCCUUUUUGCAAUGACUUUUGAAAUGCAGAUGACUUUUGAAAUGCCACAAGACCAUUUAAAAGAACAUUUGGGGAAAUGUGUGAGACAGUAAGUAGCCCCAUCGCACUGUAUUACUGGUAAUAUCAGUCCAGAAGCCCAUGAACUCUUUUGCACUUCUCUGCAAGUAAUUCCACACAGGUUUGUAAGUGGGAAGGCACAUUGAUUCAAAUGUUCCGAAAACUAAAGCUACUCCAAACUCUUUGGUGGAUCAGGCAAGUUAAAAACAUAAACAGCAAUUGCUCCAAAAGAGGAGAAAAACUCAACAGUUUGAAAAGCUAAGGACUGGUAGAAAAAAGCUUUACUCUUUCAUGUCGUUUUAUUACUCUGGUUUUUCGGUUUUUUGGGUUUUUUUAAUCAUUCAUUCAAUAGAAAUCACUGUGUGACCUAUUAUUUUGCAAAUCUGUUACCUCUGACUCAAGUGUAAUUAACUUUUAGAGUGUGGAUUUUGUCCAUUAUUUCAUUCAUGAUAAUUAACAUCAAACACAGCUUCUCAUGCUAUUUCUACCUCACUUUGGUUUUGGGGUGUUCCUGAUAAUUGUGCACACAUGAUUUCACAGCUUCACCGCUUGUCUGUUGUGUGAUCAUUUUUCUCCAUUUUCUUUUUUCCCUUAUAAUUUCUAAAAGAAAACCCAAAGCUCUAAGGUAACAAAUUACAUGAAGAUUUGGUUUUAGUCUUGCAUUUUUUUCCUUCGUGUGACGCUGGACUUUUUCAUUACCCAAGGAUUUUUUUUAUUUUUAAUCCAGAUUUAAAACAAGGGGUUCCUUUACGUCUUACUAAGAAAUUUGUUUCAUUCUAAAAUCAGAGGUAAAUAGAGUGCAUAAUUUUCUUUUAAUCUUUUUGUUUUGUUUGAUCUUUUAGACAUUAGUUCUGGGGUGAGUCUGACAAAAUAUUUGAAUGAAAAUUGAGAGCUUUAUUGCUGUGUUUUAAGCAUAAUUUAGACAUUAUUUUGUGUUCUUUAUAACCACCGAGUAUUAAACUGUAAAUCAUAAUCAAUGUAACUGAAGCAUAAACAUCACAUGGCAUGUUAUGUCAUUGUUUUCAGGUACUGGGUUCUUACUUGAGUAUCAUAAUAUAUUGUGUUUUAACACCAACACUGUAACAUUUACUAAUUAUUUUUUUAAACUUCAGUUUUACUGCAUUUUCACAACAUAUCAGACUUCACCAAAUAUAUGCCUUACUAUUGUAUUAUAUUACUGCUUUACUGUGUAUCUCAAUAAAGCACGCAGUUAUGUUACAAAAA